GCUGGGACGCUGAUAAAAGGAGGAGAGGAUGAGCACUCUGAGGACAGAGAGUGUCCCGUCAGGUCAUCCUGAAGACACCUCAGCGUUUAUCAGCCAUGGCACUCACGCUGGUAUCCAUCUGGAUUGCUGCCAUCUCUGUGGCCUACUGUUACCCCACUGCCUUCCAAGACCUGGGUGAAAGUAGCAAAAACCGAACAUCCAUCAGGUUCCUGGCCAUAGGAGACUGGGGUGGCGUGCCCUAUCCACCGUACAUCACCGCUGUGCAGAAGGCUACUGCUCGAGAGAUGAGCAAAAUAGCGGAGCAGAUGGGAGCUGACUUUGUUCUGUCCCUUGGCGACAACUUCUACUUCAGAGGUGUGGACAGCGUGGAUUCUCCUCGGUUUAAGGACACCUUUGAGUAUGUGUACACGGCCAAGUCUCUCAGAAUUCCCUGGUAUGUGCUUGCUGGCAAUCACGACCAUGCUGGGAAUGUCAAAGCCCAGAUUGAUUACACCCAGAAAUCAGACCGAUGGAAAUUUCCCUCUUAUUAUUACGAGCUCAACUUCCGCAUCCCCAACACUGGGAAGACCCUGACCAUCAUCAUGCUCGACACAAUCAUGCUGUGCGGUAACUCGGACGACUUCCUGGACGAGAAGCCCAGAGGUCCCCUGCAUGCGGUGGAUGCGAACCGUCAGCUGGCCUGGCUGCAGGAGAGACUGGCCCGCUCCAAGGCGGACUUCCUGUUGGUCGCGGGCCAUUACCCUGUGUGGUCCGUGUCUGAACACGGGCCCACCGAGUGUCUGCUGCAGAGGCUUCAUCCUCUCCUCCUCAAAUACAAGGCCACAGCGUACCUUUGUGGACACGACCACAAUCUGCAGUACAUUGAAGAGUCUGGUAUAGGCUACGUGGUGAGUGGCGCCGGAAACUUCCUGGAUCCGGACAUCCGCCACUGGAACCACAAUCCCAAAGGUUCGGUGAAGUUCUUCACCGGACAAGCGUCGACGCUGGGGGGCUUUGUCCACGCGGAGGUCACCAAGAACAAGAUGGUUCUGACUUUUUUGCAGGCUAAAGGCACGUCACUCUAUCGCACGGUCCUCUCUCAGAGGGAGUUUAACUAGACGAGUUGAGUUUUCAGUGGUGUAGCAUUGUUUGAGAUCAAAUGAAUGGCUCUUAAUGCUGUGUUUUUUAAACUUCUGCAAUGAUAUUUCAAAGCAUUUGAUUUGUUUUAAAGGAAUCGGAAUAGUUUUACAUGUAAAUUUAUUGUAUAAUUUAAUAAAAACACGGUUUGUAAAGCG